CUGUAUCAUGUCUUUAUAACCAGUAUAACCUGCCCCUUGAGCCACAACUCAGUCAACCUGCUUGAUGGAUUCUAGCCUUAACCAAGACAGAAAAGCACACUGAGUGAUACAUUAUAAUGGAAGCCAGCUUGUCCCUCCUGGAGGAACACCUCUCUUGUCCCGUGUGUUGUGACAUAUUCAGCAACCCAGUGGUGCUCAAAUGCAGCCACAGCUUCUGUGAGGAGUGUCUACAGAAAUGCUGGAAGGACAUGGAGAUUUUCCUGUGUCCUGUAUGCAGGAAAGAGUGUUCUUCUGAGGAACCGAGCCAAAGUUUGGCCUUGAAGAGUCUCUGUGAAUCAUUCCAGAGAGGGAAUGAAAAGGAGAAAGGAUCUCAGGAUAUCUGCCACCUGCACGGAGAGACACUCAAACUCUUCUGUUUGAAUGACAAACAGCCCAUCUGUGUUGUCUGUCACACAUCAAAGAAACAUAAAGGCCAUGACUGCUGUCCCAUUGAGGAGGCUGUGACUGAAUUGAAGAGUGAAAUCAAGGCUCCUUUGCAGAACAAAUUGAAAAAAAUGACCUCAGCCAAACUGGACAAUGAAAACUGGGCAGAACACUUAAUGGUCCAGGCCCAACUUGGAGAGGAGCAGAUAAGGAGGGUGUUUAAGAAAUUCUACCAGUUCAUAGAAGAAGAAGAGGCUGCCAGGAUAGCUGCUCUGAAAAAGGAACAACAGCUGAAAUAUAAAGUGAUGAGAGAAAGAACAGAGACGUUGACCAAGAAUAUCUCAAUGCUUUCUGAGACUAUUGGAUUUAUCAAAAAGGACAUGGAGACUGAUGAUAUCACAUUCCUGCAGAACUACGAGGCCAUACUUAUCAGAGCCAAUUGUACACCUCCAGACACUGCUGCAAAUGCUGAGAUGGGGCCAGGAGCAUUCAUUGACAUGGCCAAGCAUGUUGGAUGUCUGACGUUCAAAGUCUGGAACAGUCUGAUUAAGAUUGUUGACUACAAUCCUGUAACCAUGGAUCCAAACACAGUGUCCACAAAGCUCAUCCUCACUGAUGACCUCACCACUGUGACGUGCUGUGAGGAAAAGCAGAAUCUCCCAGACAAUCCUGAGAGGUUUCAUGUAGGAGUGUUGGGGUCUGAGAGCUUCAAUAAAGGCAAACAUUUCUGGGACGUGGAGGUAGGAGACAGCGAUAACUGGUCUCUGGGAGUAGCCAAAGAGUCCAUUCUGCGGAAGAAGCUAGUAAAACUGGAUCCUCAGAGUGGAUUGUGGACCAUCAGAUAUAUUAGUGGGAAAUACAAAGCAGGUGUGAAAUCAAGCACAGAGAUCAAGUUAGAUGAACGCCCACGAGUGAUCCGAGUAUGUCUGGACUGUGACAAUGGGGUGGUGACAUUCUGCGACCCCAUUAAGAGCACUACUCUGUACACCUUCAAAGAUACACUGACUGAAAAGCUGUUCCCAUACUUUAGUAUAGGCAGUCUUAAAAGCCCACUGCGCCUUUGUAAGAGACCCCUCACUAAGGUAACUGUGAACUGAGACGUGAGCUGGGGCACGAGGCAAAUCUGCUCAUUGGGCGCUGCAUUGCGCAUUCUCUCUGCUCCAGCCUCUCCAACCUAAUGUGUUUUUGUGUGUGUGUGUGUGUGUGUGUGUGUGUGUGUGUGUGUGUGUGUGUGUGUGUGUGUGCGUGCGUGCGUGCGUGCGUGCGUGCGUGCGUGCGUGCGUGCGUGUGUGUGUGUGUGUGUGUGUGUGUGUGUGUGUUUGUGUGUGUGUGUGUGUGUGUGUGUGUGUGUGUGUGUGUGUGUGUGUGUGUGUGUGUGUGUGUGUGCGUGUGUGUGUGUGUGUGUGUGUGUGUGUAUAUCGGAGGGUUUGUGGAAAAAAAGCAGAAGAUACAUUUUCAUCUCAUAUGAACUAAUAAAGUAUACAUUAUAUUAUCAAAUCAUUACUUAACAUAAUAUAACCUUAGAAAGUAUCAUCACAAUCAUGGCUAUGUGUAUUCAACAGAUUCUGUAUGAUGCAGUUGAUUAUGUUAGUGUGUUCAGAAUGUGCAUUCUAAAUAAUACAACAUUUCAAUUGAACUUCAUGUUGUGCCGUCUCCAUAUCAAUGUAAUAUUGUUUUCCCAAUGUCCUUUCAACUUGUUUAAGUGAAUUGAACUACCAUGAACGUGGUUGUUUGACAGAUGAUACAUUUUUUUGCAUCUACUGCCAUUUGAAGUUCUCACAACUAGAUGAGGAUAUCAAUCUACACAGAGAAUAUAGUACACAGUAGUUUAUACAGUAGAUCUAUACAGAGAGCCAUUCUGACCCAAAUGGACUCUAAACUGAACACUUGCAAACUGGAAAUUACGUCAUUUGAUCUGAAACACCAGAGUCCAGAUUGGUGUCUUUGUUUUUACACUGCUGCUACUCGCUGUUUAUUAUCUAAGCAUAGUCACUUUACAAAUGACCUUGACUAACCUGUACCCCUGCACAUUGACUCAGUACCGGUACCCCUGUAUAUAGCCUCGUCAUUGUUAUGUAAUUUUCUUGUGUUACUUUUUAAUUAUUUUUAUUUUAUUAUUAGUUUUUCACUUUAUUUAGUAAAUACUUGAACUGCAUUGUUGGUUAAGGGCUUGUAAGUAAGUAUUUCAUGGUAAGAUUAUAUGUUGUAUUUGUCGCAUGUGACAAAUACAAUUUGAUUUGAUUUGAUUUGAAGAAUUCCCUUCAACACAUAAGGCAUCAUUGAUGUUUCAAAGAGGCAACAUAUUGUGAAAUCCAACCAUUACAAUCAUUUAAUGGAUAUACUGACGGAUGGGGAAAGUGGUCCAGAUAAGAAUAAAAAAUACAUGUGAACAACA